AUGCCGUUAGAGUCCUACCUUGAUAUGUACUCAAAUGGUGAAGGUGCUCGCUCCACCUCUCGAGAUUCUUCUUCGGCAGCUUCUCCGGGAGGAUCAGCUGCACAGGGUGUGCCGGAGGCCUCUCUGCAUAAGGCAGCUGGAGGCCAGCGAUGUAGGGCGUCGUUAUCGCUGCCGCUACCAUCACGUGAAACAUUUUUGGAGCAUUUCCGUCUCUGUCAGGGUGACGUCACGGCAGCCGACGCCGCUGCUGACGCAGCCCUUGCUGUGGCAGAAGCGGCCGCUGAAGAAGCUGCAGCAGCAGCCGCAGAGGCCGACGCCGCCGCCGUAGCUGCUGAAGAGGAGGCUACGGCAGAAGAGGCGGCUGCUGCCGCUGCCCAACAUGCAUUUGCAGCGGCAGCAGCUGGGGCGGACCCAGCAACAGCGGCUGCAACAGCGGCGGCAGCGGCUGCGGCAGCAGUAGGGGACGAUCCAGCGCUUGCCGCAGCAGCAGCAGCUGCUGCCGCUGCCGCAGCUGCCGCAGCCUACGGGGGCAUGAACACGGCGCCUUCCCAGCGACGACUUGGGCUUCAAGGUCAGCAAGGGGAACAAUCUCAAUAUGUGUUCAGGUAUACGGGACAUAAUCGUGAGUUCCCGCCGCUUCCGAGGGGCCAGGCGUUAUCGUCAAACGCUGCAGGCACCCACGAGUGUGUAUCUCCUACCGCUGUCCGCGCCGCAGGGAUAGGCGUUGACGAGCUGCAGAGAGCAUAUUGCGCAGAACGCUCUGACGAGCGGAGAGAAGAUGGACAACAAAGAUCAAAUCAUGAGCCUUAUAGCGAUAUGGAGCACAGUGAAAUAUUACAGCCGUGGCAGCUGCAGCAAACAAAGUUUCUGAGAGAAUGCAAAGAACGCCUUGAUGAGCAGCGGGAACAAUUACGGGCCCAGCAGGCGCAACAUGAACAGCUUCUCGAGGGGCACCAGCAGACUCAGCAACAACUACGGGAGGCGUUGGUCAACGUGCGAGCUGUGCACGGCACUGUGGCGGAGCAUCAGACGCUCCUUCAACAACAGACAGCGCAGGCUGCAUCAACCGUGGCAGCGGCUGCGGAGGUCGCCAAAGAAAUGGGCCAACACGUAGCAGCAGCCGCUGCAGCGACAGCAGCGGCCGCCGAGUCUAUCAAAGACAGGGCAGCGACAAUGAACGAGAGGCUGCGCCUCAGGCAGAUCGUGCAGGACAGCACCAGUUGCGAUCCAGGACCGGACGCAAUUCGUUACAGACUCAUGUCUUUGCUAGCACUUGAAAAACACGAGGGUGAGUGA